AUGUCUAGUCUAUGGGAUUCGUUUACAGUAUAUAAUCGUCACAAACAUUCCAGUGACCCUGAAUUAUUAGGUACUAACCAUUCAAACAUUGGUACAGGUAAGACCAGUGUUUUGUUUCCAGCGGAACAUCGAAUCUUACAAGAAAAGACCAUAAAGGCUCAAGCAGAAGCCAAGUUACGUGCAGAAAGUGAAGCUAGUUCUCGUAGAGCAAGUUAUACAGAGAGUUUGAAUUCUAAUAACAACGCUAAUAAUGGUGAUACCUCCGCUACAGGAGGAGCACAACCAAUGUUUGUAGAUAUUUCAAACAUGACUAGAUCAGAAUUCAAGAGACUGUAUGAUUCUAUGAGAGAGGGUGAGCCUGAUAACAAAGUUAACUUCUAA